UCGAUCAUUUUCAAAGAAAAAUUCAUAUCAAAUGGCAAUUGCAAGCAUCCAUGAAGAUAUAAUCCGCACACACAUUUUGACCAAACUCGACGGUCAAACACUUGCAGCCGCCAGCUGUGUUUCUUCAUCUCUACAAAACCUUUGCUCUGAUCAAAAUCUUUGGUCACAAAUUUGCUCUUCCAAUUGCCCGUCAACUGACCACCAAUUAGUCAAAAAUGCCGUCUCAAAUUUCACCGCCGGCCACCGUUCUUUUUUCUCAGAUACCUUUCCAUCACCCACAAACCACCUUACAUCCACCGUGACGUCAUCAUUUCCUCCAACCCCACAAAUUAUUUCUUCUGUAGAUAUCAAAUAUGAUAACAAAAUUAUUUUUUCAAAAGUUGAGGUUACAAAUACAAUUCCAACUAAUUGGUUUGAAACGUCGCCGUUUCGUAUCGAUCUUCUCGAGCCAAAAGAAGUUGUCCCAUCUAGUGUCAAAGUUUUGGGUGAUGAUGAUCAAGUACUUUUGUUAAAUCUUGAAAAAAAUGUAACAUUAAGUUGGGUCAUAAUUGACACAAUUCAAAACCGAGGGGUUAAUUUGUCAAGCAAAAAGCCGGUUUUUGUGCAUAGAAAUUGGUUGACUGACGAAAUUGAGUUGACUUUUGGUUUGGUGAUUAGUCAUGAUGAUACUUAUGUUAAUUGUAAUAUAGAGGUUAAUUGUGGGGUGAAUGUGGAAAAUGGAGAGUUAUAUGUAAGUGGGGUGAGUUUAACGGUUUUGGAUGUUGAUGGAAAGUGUUUAAAUGGGAAGGGUAGUAUGGUAAUUGUACAAGGACUUAUGGCGGCAAUGCGACAGGGUAAUGACGGAGGAGAGAGGUGGAAAGAAAGGUACGAAGAGUAUGUUCAAAUAAGGAGAGAAAGAAAAAAGGAUAUGGAGAUGAGAGAGCGACGGCUUGACUUGGUUUGUGUCGCUAGCGGGGUGAUUUUUUUGUUGGCAUUUUGGUCAUUUGCUCUUUAUUAAUUAAUCAAAUUGAAUCCAUAAACAAAUACGGGAAUAUAUGACGGAUGAGUCGCGUACAUAGAGCCAACGACUCGACACUUUCCAAAUAGUUUCGUUAUAGUCCUUUUCCAUUUACCUGUUUAUAUUAAUAACAAAUUGUGUUUAUACUCGACCCACACAAUUCCCCUUACUAAAUAGUGUAUGAUUGAGAAUCAAUGAUAUGCUUGCUUUAGUUAAGGGUUUCAAAGAAAAUCAUUUGUUCAAAAAGUUAAUUCUUAGUUUAUAAAUAAAGUAAGAUACAUAUUCUUGAUCAAG